ACACUUGACAAACUUCACCCUAGCCUCUUCCUUUCUCAUCAUUUUCGAUUUUCUCAUACCCGCCCUUGCGGCCCUUCUCCAGCAUUUUCACCGGCCACCGUACAUCACCGUUCCGCCACCAUACACCACCACCGUUACACCUUUAGACCCAAAAUAGCGGCCAUACGAAGAAAACAAACGGAGAACCCUAGCCCUCGCAAAGGUUCAAACUAAUCUUCAGUGGCGGUUUCAGAGGAAGAGUGUUCCUCCGCCAAGUCCCGAUCGUCUUCGUCCGCGUCUAGCAGCAGCACUCACUACCUCGCAAAGUGCGUCCUCCAGGUCCUCUACGGUCACAUCCGCUCCCCAACCUCCCUCGACGUCGUUUUCGGCAAGUCAGUAAUUGCCGUACGGUGGUGGUAGUUCAAGGCUGUGCGCUGUUGGUAUAGUUCACGCCCAAAAGGAAGAAAACACUACGCUCGCUGCUGUAUUAGACCUCCAAUGGCAGAUAGCCGAAAAUUACUUUGGCCCAAACAAAAUACGAUGAAUCUGACUUCGAGAAUGAGAGGUUUUGGGAAUAUUAGGAAUAGAGGUUUUGAUAGAUGCAACAAAACACUUAACUCAUAUUCCAUGCAGCCAUGGUCCUCAGUCCUCACCCAUCUACAUAGCUCUGCCCCUGGGCUCACGAGCUCCUCAGUCUCCAAAUAAUGCGCUCCUUCCAGUGCCCCCGUUGUACUACCUGCAAUUCUUCGGAAAUACCCCAAACGCCUCUCUGUCUUUUCUGAACAAAGAAGCCCAUGAAGAAACACUACACCUCCAUCCUCUCUUUGUUAGAUAAAUGCAGAACCAUGACUAAGUUGAAACAAUUACAUGGGCUGAUGAUCACUACAUCAGUUAUCAAAUAUGUAAUCCCUCUGAGCAGGCUUAUUGAUUUUUGCACAAAUUCUGAAGCCGGAGACUUCAAUUAUGCAAACUCUGUUUUUAUUCGAAUUGAAGUGCCUAGUGUGUACAUUUGGAACUCCAUGAUCAAAGCUUACUCUAACACUAACAACCCGGAUGAAGCUUUGUCUAUGUACAGCGAAAUGCAGCGAAGGGGUUACUCGCCAGACCAUUUCACGUUCCCUUUUGUGCUCAAAGCAUGUUCACUACUUACUCAUCCAAAUUAUGGAACAUCGGUCCACAAUCGCAUUGUGAAAACUGGGUUUGAAUCGGACGCGUAUGCUUCUUGUGGUUUACUCAAUAUGUAUGUAUCUUGUGCAGAUAUGGAAGCAGGAGUAAAGGUGUUUGAUUUAAUUCCCAAGUGGAAUGUGGUAGCUUGGACUAGUUUGAUUGCCGGGUAUGUUAACAACGGCUGGCCUAGCAAGGCCAUAGAGGUGUUCAAAGACAUGGAGUUUUGGAAUAUAGAGCCUAAUGAGAUUACCUUGGUGAAUGUAUUAGUUGCGUGUGCUCAUAUGAGAGAUAUAGAUACUGGAAAAUGGGUUCACAGUUGUGUCUGCCAACUUGGAUAUGAUCCCUUUGAAUCAGAUUUAACUUUCAAUGUGAUACUUGCAACUGCCAUUAUAGAUAUGUAUGGAAAAUGCGGCAGCUUCAGAUAUGCAAAGAAUCUGUUUUACAAAAUGCCUGAAAGAAAUUUGGUUGUUUGGAAUUCCAUGAUUGGUGCAUUUAAUCAAUAUGGCAGGGUUGAGGAGGCACUAGGUCUGUUCUUCGAUAUGCUAAUUGCUGGGUUUCAGCCGGAUACGGCUACCUUUUUGAGUGUCAUAAGUGCCUGUGCUCAACUGGGGGCUCUGGCAUUGGGACAAAGUAUUCAUGCUUUUGUAUUAAAGACCAACCUUAGUGAGGAUACUGCUAUUGGAACUGCCCUGGUGGACAUGUAUGCUAAAAUUGGAGAUGCAGGAAGUUCGCAGCAGAUCUUUUGUAAAAUGGAAAAGAAAGAUGUGAUGGCAUGGACUAGCAUGAUUGUUGGUUUAGCUAUGCACGGGCAUGGAGAGGAAGCACUAAGUACAUUCAAGAGAAUGCAAGAGGAUGCUGCUCUUAUCCCCGACGAGAUUACAUACAUCGGGGUUCUAUGUGCAUGUAGCCGUGUUGGAUUGGUUGAAGAAGGUCAGAGACACUUCACCUCAAUGGUUGAUGUUUACAACAUGGAGCCAACAAUGGAGCACUAUGGUUGUAUGGUUGAUCUUUUGAGUCGAGCAGGGUACUUUGAAGAGGCAGAAAGAUUAGUGAAGAAGAUGCCAAUCAGACCCAAUAUUGCCAUAUGGGGUGCUCUUUUAAAUGGUUGUGACAUUCAUGAAAAUGUGAAUCUAGUUGACCAAAUGAGAAGCCGCAUAACAGAGUUGGACCCUGAGGGUAGCGGAGUUUAUGUCCUUCUUUCUAACUUGUAUGCUAGGGCUGGUAAAUGGCAAGAAGUAAAACUGGCUAGAGAAUUGAUGGCACAUAGAAGGGUGGAAAAAACUCUCGGGCAUAGUACAGUUGAACUGAAAUUGCUUAAUUCGUAAUUAUAUCAUAAUUCACUUUUAA